AUGCUGGUCCACCCCUUUUGCCCAGUGCCACUGGUCAACGCUGGUCUGUCCAAUGGGCCCGGCUCACCGAUGCAGUCAGGUUUUGGUGGCAGUACCGUUCCACCAGGUACAACCACCAUGUCCGGACCAUCCAUUGGGCAAGGUGCAGGACUGCCAGGCCCCAUCGCUUCACCCCCAAACCCCUUCUCUACCAGCAGACCCACUCCCUUCACUCGGCCUGCCUUACCGGUACGGACAGGUUAUGGCAGCAAUGCCGGCUCAACCAGUACACCCCUCCAAACAUCCAAAUUUGGCUCACCGGCCUUGCCCGGUGUUUCUGGUACAACCACACAAGCCACGCCAAACACCCUUCCCACUUCUCCCAUCCCGCCAAAACAGUCAGUCAGUCCCGGCGUGUCCCUGUCACCCGGAGUUACUUUCCAGAACAACCAGUCAUUCUCGUCUGGCACUGCUAGCCAGCCUCGGGUGGUGAAGCAAUUCCGCCCUUACAGAUCCACGAACCGUUAG